AAUUUUUGGGUUUUCAGAGAAAAAAAGGCCCUUUUUUUUCUCUCUUAUUUUUAAGUUUGGAUGUUCAUUUUCUAUAGACAAAACCUUUAUUUUUUUUUUUAUAAGAGUAUAUAAAUAUAGUCUUGACGGAAGGUUUCGACACAGUCCACUUAGUAUCAUCAUCAAGCAAUAAAGCAGGGUGACAUGACGGUGCAAUAGUCACUAACCAAAUUGUCUAUAAAUCUUUCAUUGAUUGGAUAGCCUUUCAUUCUUGCACUCAAAGAGUGGAAACUUUUCUGGGUUCUUCUCCUUUUGUGCUCUUAGUCAGCAGUUGCAGUCCUUUAUUGCUCUUUGGAGAUUGUAUAGUCUUUAGUCAUGGCCCUUUGUGCAUCUUCAUUUCCUGCCAUUAUCAACUGGGGUGCAGCUUCAGAUCCUCAAAAAUCCACUCCUUUUGCUUCUCAUUUUCUUGGUGGAUCAGAUCUGGUUUUGCAGUCAUUGAAGAAGCUCAAUCAGGUCAAGAAAAGGCCAGGUGGGGUUUAUGCAUCACUAUCAGAAGGAGCUGAAUAUCACUCCCAAAGACCAGCAACGCCUCUCUUGGACACUAUAAACUAUCCAAUUCAUAUGAAAAAUCUCUCUGUCAAGGAACUGAAACAACUAUCUGAAGAACUGCGGUCUGAUGUGAUUUUCAAUGUUUCAAAAACUGGGGGUCACUUGGGUUCAAGCCUUGGUGUGGUUGAACUCACUGUGGCUCUUCAUUAUGUCUUCAAUGCCCCUAGAGACAAGAUAUUGUGGGAUGUUGGUCAUCAGUCUUACCCUCACAAAAUCUUGACUGGGAGAAGACAUAAGAUGCAUACCAUGAGGCAAACUAAUGGAUUGGCCGGAUUCACGAAACGGUCGGAGAGUGAAUACGAUUGCUUCGGGACUGGUCACAGUUCAACCACAAUCUCUGCAGGCUUGGGGAUGGCUGUGGGAAGGGAUCUGAAAGGUGAAAGGAAUCAUGUUGUUGCUGUCAUAGGUGAUGGUGCUAUGACUGCAGGACAAGCUUACGAAGCAAUGAACAAUGCCGGAUAUCUUGAUUCUGAUAUGAUUGUUAUUCUUAAUGACAAUAAACAAGUUUCUCUGCCAACUGCCAAUCUCGACGGACCUACACCACCUGUGGGAGCUUUGAGCAGUGCUCUCAGCAGGCUGCAAUCAAACAGGCCUCUUAGAGAACUAAGAGAGGUUGCAAAGGGAGUUACCAAGCAAAUCGGUGGGCCUAUGCAUGAACUGGCUGCAAAAGUUGAUGAGUAUGCUCGCGGAAUGAUCAGUGGUUCUGGAUCAACACUUUUCGAAGAACUUGGACUAUAUUAUAUUGGACCUGUUGAUGGCCACAACAUCGAUGAUUUAGUUUCUAUUCUCAAAGAGGUGAAGACUACUAAAACAACAGGUCCGGUCUUGAUCCAUGUUGUCACUGAGAAAGGCCGAGGUUAUCCAUAUGCAGAGAGAGCUGCUGACAAGUAUCACGGAGUGGUGAAGUUCGAUCCGGCAACUGGAAAGCAAUUCAAAGGCAAUUCUGCUACCCAGUCUUACACUACAUAUUUUGCUGAGGCUUUGAUUGCGGAAGCUGAGGCAGACAAAAAUAUUGUUGCCAUCCAUGCCGCAAUGGGAGGUGGAACCGGAUUAAACCUCUUCCUCCGCCGGUUCCCACAAAGAUGUUUCGAUGUGGGGAUAGCCGAACAACAUGCUGUCACCUUUGCUGCAGGCUUGGCCUGUGAAGGCUUGAAACCUUUUUGUGCAAUCUACUCAUCAUUCAUGCAAAGGGCAUAUGACCAGGUCGUACACGAUGUGGAUCUGCAGAAGCUGCCUGUAAGAUUUGCAAUGGACAGAGCUGGCCUCGUUGGUGCAGAUGGUCCAACACAUUGUGGGGCUUUUGAUGUCACUUUCAUGGCUUGCCUCCCCAACAUGGUGGUAAUGGCUCCUUCCGAUGAAGCUGAACUUUUCCAUAUGGUUGCGACAGCUGCUGCCAUAGAUGACCGUCCUAGCUGUUUCCGUUACCCAAGAGGAAAUGGGAUCGGAGUUCAGUUACCACCUGGGAAAAAAGGGGUUCCACUGGAGGUUGGCAAAGGCAGGGUACUGAUUGAAGGGGAAAGAGUGGCACUAUUAGGCUAUGGAAGUGCAGUUCAAAGCUGCUUAGCAGCUGCCUCUUUAUUGGAAUCGCGUGGCUUAAGGCUGACCGUAGCAGAUGCACGAUUUUGUAAGCCAUUAGAUCACGCCUUGAUCCGGAAACUGGCAAAGUCACACGAAGUACUGAUCACAGUCGAAGAAGGAUCAAUCGGGGGCUUUGGUUCUCAUGUGGCACAGUUCCUAGCACUUGAUGGUCUUCUCGAUGGCAAAGUAAAGUGGAGGCCAUUGGUUCUUCCCGAUCGAUACAUUGACCAUGGCUCACCCGUGGACCAGUUGGCUGAAGCUGGUCUUACGCCAUCCCACAUAGCCGCAACGGUGUUCAAUGUGCUUGAACAAAAAAGAGAGGCUUUUGAGGUCAUGUCCUCAAGAAACUGAAGAAGUCGUCAACUUUGUACAAAAUUUUACCUUUUGUUUUCUUUUGAAAUCAAUGAUGGUUAAAUAUAUAAUAAUAUAAAUAAUCUUAGUUACCAUAAAUAAUUAUUAUGUAACCCAACAACCUUACGAGUAAUAUCACAUAUCUGAGUUCACAUCAA